AUGGACGCGGCGCUGCUCUACAGCCUGCUGGAGGCCAACUGCAGCCUGGCGCUGGCCGAAGAGCUGCUCCUGGACGGCUGGGGGCUGCCCCUGGACCCCGAGGGUCCCUACUCCUACUGCAACACGACCUUGGACCAGAUCGGGACGUGCUGGCCCCGGAGCGCGGCCGGAGCCCUGGUGGAGAGGCCGUGUCCUGAGUACUUCAACGGCGUCAAGUACAACACGACCCGGAAUGCCUACCGAGAGUGCUUGGAGAAUGGGACGUGGGCUUCACGGAUCAACUACUCACAGUGUGAGCCCAUUUUGGAUGAUAAGCAGAGGAAGUACGACGUGCACUACCGUGUCGCCCUCGUUGUCAACUACCUGGGUCACUGCGUUUCUGUGGCCGCCCUCGUGGCCGCCUUCCUGCUUUUCCUGGCCCUGCGGAGUAUCCGCUGUCUGCGGAACGUGAUUCACUGGAAUCUGAUCACCACCUUUAUCCUGCGCAAUGUCAUGUGGUUCCUGCUGCAGCUCAUCGACCACGAAGUGCAUGAGAGCAAUGAGGUCUGGUGCUGCUGCGUCACCACCAUCUUCAACUACUUCGUGGUGACCAACUUCUUCUGGAUGUUCGUCGAGGGCUGCUACCUGCACACGGCCAUCGUCAUGACCUACUCCACCGAGCACCUGCGCAAGCGGCUCUUCCUCUUCAUCGGAUGGUGCAUCCCCUGCCCCAUCAUCGUUGCCUGGGCCAUUGGCAAACUCUACUAUGAAAAUGAACAGUGCUGGUUUGGCAAGGAGCCUGGCGACCUGGUGGACUAUAUUUACCAAGGCCCCAUCAUCCUUGUGCUCCUGAUCAAUUUUGUAUUUCUUUUCAACAUCGUCAGGAUCCUCAUGACAAAACUGAGAGCAUCCACCACAUCAGACACGAUCCAGUACAGGAAGGCGGUCAAGGCCACCCUGGUUCUCCUGCCCCUCCUGGGCAUCACCUACAUGCUCUUCUUCGUCAACCCCGGGGAGGACGACCUGUCGCAGAUCGUGUUCAUCUAUUUCAACUCCUUCCUGCAAUCCUUCCAGGGUUUCUUUGUGUCUGUCUUCUACUGCUUCUUCAAUGGAGAGGUGCGCUCGGCCGUGAGGAAGAGGUGGCACCGUUGGCAGGACCAUCACUCCCUCCGAGUGCCCGUGGCCCGGGCCAUGUCCAUCCCCACGUCGCCCACACGGAUCAGCUUCCACAGCAUCAAGCAGACGGCCGCCCUGUGA